AUGGCUCCGGUUGCUGUGAACGGGGUUAAUGGGGUUCCCCAGCCCAAUGGCGUUCACCAGCAGGUCAAUGGAGACUCCCACUCGAAGUCAACCCAGUCAUAUUCUGCAAAAUUCAGUUUAGCAGAUCAUUUCAUUGGCGGGAAUCGUCUGGAAGCUGCCCCUUCGAGCAGCGUCAAAGAUUUCGUGAUACAAAAUGAUGGGCACACAGUCAUUACGAAUGUCUUGAUAGCAAAUAACGGCAUUGCAGCCGUGAAAGAAAUAAGAUCGGUCCGAAAAUGGGCUUACGAAACUUUUGGCGACGAGCGUGCCAUCCAAUUCACAGUGAUGGCGACGCCAGAAGAUUUGCAUGCCAAUGCCGACUAUAUUCGGAUGGCAGAUCAAUAUGUCGAGGUUCCUGGUGGCACGAACAACAACAACUACGCUAACGUGGAACUAAUUGUCGAUAUUGCAGAAAGAAUGAACGUACACGCCGUAUGGGCUGGAUGGGGACACGCAUCCGAAAACCCAACACUACCUGAGUCCUUAGCAGCCUCUCCUAAGAAAAUUGUCUUCAUCGGUCCUCCUGGCUCUGCCAUGCGUUCUCUUGGUGACAAAAUCUCCUCCACGAUUGUCGCACAGCAUGCCAAAGUCCCCUGUAUACCUUGGUCUGGCGAGGGCGUUGAUCAAGUCGUAACGGAUGCCCACGGUAUUGUGACUGUAGAAGAUGAGGUUUAUGCAAAAGGAUGCACACACAACUCUCAAGAGGGUCUUGAUAAGGCCCAAAAGAUUGGCUUUCCUGUGAUGGUCAAAGCCUCCGAAGGUGGAGGAGGAAAGGGUAUCCGGAAAGUCGAGAAAGAGGAAGAUUUCCUCACCCUUUACAAUGCAGCACAGAAUGAAAUACCUGGAUCUCCAAUGUUUAUCAUGAAAUUAGCGGGCAGUGCUAGGCAUUUAGAGGUACAACUGCUCGCUGAUCAGUACGGCAACAACAUUUCUCUGUUCGGCAGAGAUUGCUCGGUCCAAAGGCGACAUCAGAAAAUCAUAGAAGAAGCGCCCGUUACCAUUGCCAAUCCUAGGACGUUCAAUGCCAUGGAACAGGCUGCUGUACGCUUGGGCAGACUCGUUGGAUACGUUUCAGCCGGUACUGUCGAAUAUCUGUACUCCCACGCGGAAGAUAAAUUUUACUUCUUGGAGCUUAACCCCAGAUUGCAGGUUGAGCACCCUACUACCGAGAUGGUCACCGGUGUCAAUCUACCAGCUGCUCAAUUGCAGAUCGCCAUGGGUCUUCCACUGCAUAGGGUUCGGGAUAUCCGACUUCUGUAUGGCGCAGAUCCGCAAGGCAUCAAUGAAAUUGACUUCAAUUUCGAGAAGUCUGACAGCCUAAAGUCUCAGCGACGUCCGACACCAAAAGGGCAUACUACUGCUUGUCGUAUCACCUCCGAAGACCCUGGAGAGGGCUUCAAGCCCUCAAGCGGCAUGAUGCACGAGCUCAACUUUCGAAGUAGUUCGAAUGUGUGGGGGUAUUUCUCCGUCGGUCAAGCUGGUGGGAUUCAUAACUUCUCCGAUAGUCAAUUUGGUCAUAUUUUUGCGUAUGGUGAAAACCGUACUGCAUCUCGGAAACACAUGGUUGUUGCCCUGAAAGAGUUGAGCAUUCGAGGUGACUUCAGAAACAUCGUCGAGUAUCUUAUCAAGCUUCUAGAAACGCCUGCCUUCGCUGACAACACAAUAACGACCGGUUGGCUGGAUGAACUUAUCACAAACAAACUUACCGCUGAGAGACCCGACACCAUCCUUGCAGUUGUCUGCGGUGCUGUGACCAAAGCUCAUUCUGCAAGUGAAGCUUGCAUUCAGGAAUAUCGAUCUAGCUUAGAGAAGGGACAGGUCCCACAAAAAGACAUCCUCAAAACGGUCUUUCCUAUCGAUUUCAUCUACGAAGGCGUGCGAUACAAGUUCACUGCCACACGAUCAAGCCUAGACAGUUACCAUCUAUUCAUCAACGGCUCCAAAUGCGCCGUUGGUGUUCGAUCUCUUGCUGACGGUGGUUUGCUUGUCCUCAUGAGCGGCCGAAGCCACAGUGUCUACUGGAAGGAAGAGGUCGGUGCAACGCGUAUAAGUGUUGAUAGCAAAUCUUGCCUUCUCGAGCAAGAGAAUGAUCCGACGCAGCUUCGAACACCUAGUCCUGGAAAACUCGUGAAAUAUACCGUAGAGAACGGUGAACACGUCAAGGCUGGGCAAACUUUUGCAGAAGUCGAAGUCAUGAAGAUGUACAUGCCUUUGCUCACACAAGAAGAAGGUAAUGUGCAGCUCAUCAAACAGCCUGGAGCUGUCCUUGAAGCAGGAGAUAUCCUCGGAAUUCUUGGAUUGGAUGAUCCCUCCAGGGUCAAGCACGCGCAACCCUUCCAAGGUCAGCUUCCCGAUCUCGGUCCUCCUCAGGUAGUCGGCGGCAAGCCGCCUCAACGAUACUCCCAAUUACACAGCAUUCUUGAGAACAUCCUUCAAGGUUUUGACAACCAAGUCAUUAUGGCCUCAACCUUGAACGAAUUAGUCCAGGUACUCCGGGAGCCUGAACUACCCUACGGCGAAUGGAAUGCUCAAAUAUCGGCGCUACAUGCACGAAUGCCCGCCAAAUUAGAUCAGCAACUCGCGCAGAUUGUUGACAGAGCCAAGACUCGGAAAGUCGAGUUCCCAGCAAAACAGCUUGCAAAAGCUUUGAGUCGAUUCAUUGAAGAAAUUGAUGAUGCAUCCUCUGCAGAUGUUCUCCGAACAUCUCUUGCACCGCUUACUGAAGUCAUUGGACGUUAUACGGAGGGAUUGAAAGUUCACGAAUAUAAUGUGUUUUGCAACCUUCUGGAGAAGUACUAUGAGGUCGAAUCACUAUUCUCCAGCCGCAAUCUUCGAGAUGAGGAUGUCGUUCUCAAACUCCGGGAGCAAAAUAAGGACGACAUACUAAAGGUAGUGUACACAGUUCUUGCGCAUAGCAGGGUCGGUUCGAAGAACAACCUUGUUCUCGCAAUCCUGGAUUUGUACAGACCGAACAAGCCGUACACGCCUAACGUCGCGAAGUAUUUCAAACCUAUGUUGCGCAAACUGACAGAGCUUGAUUCACGACCGACUGCUAAAGUCACACUCAAGGCACGUGAGGUCUUGAUCCAGUGUGCUCUUCCGUCUCUUGAGGAGCGAGAGAAUCAGAUGGAGCAUAUCCUUCGAAAUUCCGUUGUAGAGACAAGAUAUGGUGAAACGGGCUGGGAUCACAGAGAACCAGAUGCCGACACCCUCAAAGAAGUCGUCGAUUCGAAGUUCACCGUCUUUGAUGUCUUGCCCCAAUUCUUUGCUCAUCAUGAUCCUUGGGUCUCUCUUGCAGCUUUAGACGUCUACGUUCGACGAGCCUAUCGUGCAUAUACUGUCCAGAGUGUGGAUUACCACACGGAAAAUGAACCUCCGUACCUUCUAUCAUGGGAUUUCUCACUCCGUAGGGUUGGCCAUUCGGAACUAGGCUACACGAAUGUUUCCAAUCCAUCAACACCUGGUACACCAAGGGCGUUAGGCCCAUCAAAGUUUUCUCGCAUACAAUCCAUAAGCGACAUGUCCUAUCUUACACGGAGAGAGACCGACGGCAGAACGGAACCCGAAAGAAAAGGCGUCAUCCUCCCAAUUCAAUAUUUAGACGACAUUGAAGAGCACUUUCAGGCAGCACUCGAGCUCUUCCCUGUGAGCAAGCCGACGAGAGGCCCGCUUCCGAAUGGUGUGCUCCCUGAGCUUCAAGCUAAGAGACGCCCAGCAGAACCAAAGAGCGAAGAGGAAGACUCUGAGUUGACGGGCGUAUUCAAUGUUGCUAUCAGAGACGCUGAAUCUUUCGACGACAAAGAGUUGCUCCAGCGUGUUCAUGAGAUUGUGACCGACUACAAGUCCGAAUUACUCAGUCGUAAGGUUCGUAGAAUAAGCUUCAUCUGCGGCCACAAAGAUGGAACCUACCCUGGCUACUUCACAUUCCGUGGGCCUAAUUACGCGGAAGACGACAGCAUCCGUCAUAUCGAGCCAGCGCUGGCCUUCCAAUUGGAACUUGGACGCCUGUCUAAUUUCAGGAUCAAGCCGGUAUUUACCGAAAACAGGAAUAUUCACGUCUAUGAGGCUAUUGGUAAGUCAUCUGAAGGGAGUAAGUCGGUGGAUAAACGAUACUUCACACGUGGGGUUGUCCGGCCUGGUCGCCUACGAGAUGAGAUUCCAACAGCGGAGUACCUCAUAUCCGAGGCUGAUCGCUUGAUGACCGAUAUCCUCGACGCACUCGAAAUCAUUGGCAACAACGGCUCUGACUUGAACCAUAUCUUCAUCAAUUUCUCCGCUGUUUUCCCAUUGGAGCCACGAGAAGUCGAGGAAGCCUUAGCUGGAUUCCUUGACCGCUUUGGGCGAAGAGCAUGGCGUCUCCGUGUCACUAGCGCGGAGAUCCGUAUCAUCUGUACAGAUCCGGCCACUGGCAUGCCAUACCCUCUUCGCUGCAUGAUCACUAAUACCUCCGGCUAUGUCAUUCAGGUAGAGUUGUACGCCGAGAAGAAGUCUGACAAAGGUAACGAUUUCCUAUUCCACAGCAUUGGUGGUACAACUAGGAUUGGGUCAAUGCAUUUGCGACCUGUCUCAACGCCGUAUCCCACCAAGGAAUGGUUGCAGCCGAAGAGGUACAAAGCCCAUCUCAUGGGAACGCAAUACGUCUAUGACUUCCCAGACCUCUUCCGCCAGGCUUUCCAGAACAGCUGGGGCAAAGCUGUUGCGAAACAUUCAUCUUUGGGUUCUAAGCAGCCGCGCAGUGAAGAUAUCAUGGAGGUCAGCGAGCUUGUCCUUGACGACAACGAUCACCUUGCCGAAGUAUCGAGGGAUCCAGGUACCAACACGAGUGGUAUGGUUGGAUGGAUUAUAACGGCGAAGACACCCGAAUAUCCCAAAGGCAGAAGAUUUAUCAUUGUGGCCAACGACAUUACCUUUAAAAUUGGCUCUUUCGGUCCUGUAGAAGAUCAUUUCUUCUACAAAUGCACAGAACUUGCUAGAAAGCUGGGAAUUCCCCGCAUCUACUUGUCAGCUAAUUCUGGUGCUCGCAUUGGUAUGGCUGAAGAGCUGAUCCCACAUUUCUCCGCGGCUUGGAACGAUCCUGCUAAACCUGAAGCCGGCUUUAAGUACUUGUAUCUUACGCCCAAGAUCAAAGAACGUUUUGAGGAUGGCAAGAAUCGCGGAGUCAUUACCGAGAAGAUUACCGAGGAUGGCGAGGAACGAUACAAAAUCACUACCAUCAUUGGAGCAGAGAAUGGCUUGGGUGUUGAAUGCCUGAAGGGAUCUGGUCUCAUUGCUGGAGCGACCUCCAAGGCAUAUGAAGACAUCUUUACUAUCACUCUUGUGACCUGCCGAUCAGUCGGUAUUGGCGCUUAUCUUGUUCGUCUGGGUCAGCGGGCUAUUCAAAUCGAGGGCCAACCGAUUAUUCUAACGGGGUCGCAAGCCAUCAAUAAACUCCUCGGCCGUGAAGUAUACACAUCAAACCUCCAACUUGGUGGUACUCAAAUUAUGUAUAAGAAUGGAGUAUCACAUAUGACUGCUGAUGACGACUUUGAGGGUGUCUCGAAAAUUGUCGAAUGGAUGUCAUUUGUUCCUGAAAAGAAAGACAGUCCAGUCCCAAUUGGUCUAUCCGCAGACUCGUGGGACAGACCUAUCGCAUACUAUCCUCCCCAAAAGCAGACAUACGACGUCAGAUGGCUUCUUGGGGGCAAGGAGGACGAUGAGGGUUUCCUCAGCGGACUUUUCGACAAAGAUUCUUUCCAAGAGUCCUUGGGCGGCUGGGCCAGGACAGUCGUCGUUGGCCGCGCUCGACUAGGUGGUAUACCGCUUGGUGUCAUAGCCGUCGAGAACCGAUCGGUAGAAAGCGUUUCUCCCGCGGACCCUGCCAAUCCAGACUCUAUCGAACAAAUUGCCCAAGAGGCUGGCGGUGUUUGGUAUCCAAAUUCCGCUUUCAAGACUGCGCAGGCACUUCGCGACUUCAACAAUGGCGAGCAGCUACCUGUGAUGAUUCUUGCUAAUUGGCGCGGCUUCUCCGGUGGCCAACGUGAUAUGUACAAUGAGAUUCUCAAGUACGGGUCGUAUAUUGUGGAUGCUUUGGUCAAAUACGAGCAGCCCGUGUUUGUCUACAUUCCACCGUUUGGCGAACUACGGGGAGGGUCUUGGGUUGUGGUCGAUCCGACAAUUAACGCCGAUUUCAUGGAAAUGUACGCUGACGAAGACGCCCGCGGCGGUGUCCUUGAACCUGAGGGCAUUGUCGGCAUCAAAUAUAGACGCGAUCGCCAACUCGAGACCAUGGCACGCACAGACACUACCUAUGCAGAGUUGAAGGCUGCUUUGGAGGACAAGAGCCUGACAGCCGAGAAGCGAGCUGAGAUCAAGACCAAGAUGACGGAACGAGAGACACUGUUGCUUCCCGUGUACUCUCAAAUCGCGCUUCAAUUUGCGGAUCUCCAUGAUCGCGCUGGCCGCAUGAAGGCCAAGGAGACUAUUCGCAUGCCUCUGCAGUGGAAGGAGGCUCGCAGAUUCUUCUACUGGCGCUUACGUCGUCGGUUGAACGAGGACAGCUUGAUCAAGAAAAUAAACGCCAGCUCGCCCAAGGAUCUUGCCUCUCGCAGCUCCAGUCUCCAGAAACUGCAGGCUUGGACUGGCAUCCAGGACUUCGACACCAACGAUCGUGCAGUGGCUUCUUGGUAUGAGGAAAACCGCAAGGACGUUUCUGCUAAGCUCGAGGCCUUGAAGAGCGAGGGCGUUGCAUACGACAUUGCUACGCUACUGAGCGCAAACAAGGAUGGCGGGCUCAAAGGGCUUAAGCAGGCUUUGGAGACUAUGCCUGUUCGAGAGCGAGAGGAGGCUUUCAAGUUUUUGAAGGGUUAA